AUGAAUAUUCUUUUGAUUUUAUUGAUAAUCAUCUACUUUCUCUAUUUUUUUCACGAUCAAUUCUCUGGUUCAUCUCCAUGUUCACAUCUCUAUGAGAAGAAUUUCUUCCAAAAAUGUUCUUUAUCAACAAAAAUCCUCCUUCAAUCUUCAUCUCCGGAUGUGAAUUAUGUUGUGUUCGAUGCUGUUAAUGGUUUCGGUAAUCGCAUUCUUGGGUUAAUAUCUUCUCUCACUUAUGCUCUCGUCACAAAUCGAGUCCUUCUAAUCAAUUGGAAACCAGGUAAUAAUCAUGAUGCAAAUUUCGAAGAUCUAUUUCUACCAUUAUCAUCAUUAAAUGAAAGUAGUUUCGUUCAUCAAUAUUCCCUUUCGCGAUUGAUGAGUUUGGUUAAGAAUCGAUGGAUCAAUGAAAUUCAUUGGCAAAUAAACAGGAAGAGUCGAAUACCACGAGAUUGGGCUUUUUACUUUGACGAAAUAAUGUUAUGUGACGAUAAAAUUGUUGAUAUUCGUUCAUGGUUUCAACGAUUUGGAUUCUAUUUGAUCAAUUUAUUGACUAAUCAUGUCCAAUGA